CUACGAAACGUCUACAACGUUGGUGUGACAGUGUUGCUGACUUCGACGCUGUUCCUGUCCAUUGAACGAAUCAUUGCCACACUUCUCUAUCGAACAUAUGAAAAACAUCAGAAACAGUGGAUCGGUAUACUCAUUGCUGUAAUACAGUGGACAUUUACGUUGCCAAUAUUCUACUGGGAGAAUCGUGAUAACGGAAUGAUACUGCCGUAUUGCGCCAUUGAGUUGUACGAUCCAGCGCUGUCGAAAAGCAUUGAAUAUGUUCAAAUUGUGAUACAAUGUUGUGCGAUAAUCAUUUUUGUCGUCCUUUGGUGUCAUAAUCAUAAUCGAACGGUGGAACAGUGUCCCAACGAGAAUGUUCUUAGUAUACGAUAUCAGAUUCGAGAGAAUAUCGCCACUACAAAGUUAAUGGCACCAGUGGUGUUGCUGAAUGCUUUGUUCAUGGCUUCUAUCACGCUUCUCUAUGUUAUUCUGCUACCAGACAACGAAUUCUACUCGCACAUCGAUGAUUACAUGCGGAAGGUUGUUCAAUACAGUCUAUUCGCCGAGAUGCAGUACUCAAUUUUACCACUAUUCACGGUUGUGCUGAUUUAUUCUAUGGGACGUUUCAAUGCACAUUUACGGCAGUCGUUGGUGCACUUAUUGGGUAUCGACCGAUGUGUAUCGAAACACUUUAAUGUGGUCGACGUGACUCCCGAAGAACGUGUGAGACAGCUGUAUUUCGAUCAGUUAGAACACCAAUGGAAUCAUCCAGUUCGUAACUCUGCUACGCCACACCACUCUCAAUGUCAGCAACAAAACUGCAAAAGGAGCGAACGAGCCAGUGUAUAUACCGCACGAAAUUGA